UUCUGCGCAGGCGUCGCGCCCGGGGGGCGGGACCGGGCGGCUCCGCGGUGCGCAGGCGCUGCCGUCGGUGGGUCGGGGUUCGGCUACCGGAGAGAUCUGAAGACCCCUGACGUCGUCUUUUCCCAUCUCAAAAUGGACAACAAGAAGCGCCUGGCCUACGCCAUCAUCCGGUUCCUGCACGACCAGCUCCGGCACGGGGGGCUCUCGUCCGACGCCCAGGAGAGCCUGGAAGUGGCCAUCCAGUGCCUGGAGACAGCUUUCGGGGUGACCGUGGAGGACAGUGACCUCGCGCUCCCUCAGACUCUCCCGGAAAUAUUCGAAGCCGCCGCCACGGGCAAGAGUUCAUCUUUGCUGUGGUGCCAGGAGAUGCCACAGGACCUGAGGACCCCCGAGCGAACCCCGCCUUCAGAGGAGGACUCGGCUGAGGCAGAGCGCCUCAAAACCGAAGGGAACGAGCAGAUGAAGGUAGAGAACUUCGAAGCCGCCGUGCACUUCUACGGAAAAGCCAUCGAGCUGAACCCGGCCAACGCCGUCUAUUUCUGUAACAGAGCCGCGGCCUACAGCAAACUGGGGAACUACGCCGGGGCAGUGCAGGACUGCGAGCGGGCCAUCUGCAUAGACCCAUCCUACAGCAAGGCCUACGGCAGGAUGGGCCUGGCGCUUUCCAGUCUGAACAAGCACACCGAGGCCGUAGCCUACUACAAAAAGGCCCUGGAGCUGGACCCUGACAACGAGACAUACAAGUCGAACCUCAAGAUAGCGGAACUGAAGCUGCGAGAGGCGCCCAGCCCCACAGGAGGUGUUGGCAGCUUCGACAUCGCGGGCCUGCUGAACAACCCAAGUUUCAUGAGCAUGGCGUCCAACCUAAUGAACAAUCCCCAAGUUCAGCAGCUCAUGUCCGGGAUGAUUUCUGGCGGCCACAACCCCCUGGGCACUCCGGGCACCAGCCCCUCGCAGAACGACCUGGCCAGCCUCAUCCAGGCGGGCCAGCAGUUCGCUCAGCAGAUGCAGCAGCAGAACCCAGAGUUGAUAGAACAGCUCCGCAGUCAGAUCCGAAGUCGGACCCCCAGUGCCAGCAACGACGACCAGCAGGAAUGACCGCCCAUCCGUCCCAGUACCAUCGGGCCCUUCCCGGCCGACUGGAAGCCUUCUGUUUUGCCGUUUUUUCCCGUUGGACUGCCCAGCAGAGAAAAAAGACAAAGAAAUUGGACCUGCAUGUUAAGAUGGAUUUUUAUUAUUUUUAGUUUUUCCCUCCGCCCCGGCCUCCCUUUUUGUACUCUCUCACGCCCCCCGGGCCCUUCUCGAAACAGAGCCAGCCAGCAAGCUGCAAAUGCAGACCAGCACCAGUCUCCCUCCUAGCCCCCUGAAACCCAGUCACUAAAGUAUUUUCUGGAAUAUUCCAGUCCUCGCACAGCUCUCCGAGAAGAGGCGAGUUUUAUGUCAGUCCACAUCGGGGGUACCCGCAGCUCCCGAAGCCACUUUCUGCCGCCCCGCCACCCUCGGUCGGUCUGCAGGGGCCUCCGCAGCCCUGUGAGAAGCGGCUUUCCGAGUGGACCCGGGUGCACUCCGCUCAGACGAGCUCACUGCCAGCCGCGGCCUGGGCACCAGCGUGCGCCCGGCCCUCGGACCGCGGGUUUUGCAUGAGGAACUCUUUAGUUGCAGGUUCCUAAAAGACGAGCCCCGUUCCCCUGCGCCCCGUGCGGAGCCGGGAGCGGAACCGGGGCGGCCCGGGGUGCCCAGGAGCGGUUUCUGGGACUUUGCUUCCAAUCGAGCGUUUUGAUGGACACCUGUCUGAUCUCCGAUCCUGUUUCCAGUGCGCACGGCCAACAGACCAUGAGGAGCGUGAUCAUGACCUUUCGGCUGGCCCCCGAGCCCAUCCCAGCCUGUCUAUGUCCUGGCCCACUGCCCCGCCCACAGGUGGUCCUGCCUGCCCGGCGCAUCUGGGUCCUUGGCGACCUCUCCUGUCCUGUUCAGGGCUGGGGACCGGCAGGCACCCCUAAUGCCAUCCACUGUGGCCUGAGGUUGCCACGCAGCCAUCAGAGCUGCUCGUAGGGAGGGCAAGCCAGCCCAGGACCACUGUGUGGCCACUGCAGAUGUCCCCAUAGCCUCUGCCCGGAUGGGACAGGAGAGGGCUGGCGCCACUGCAGCAGCGGCAGCGUUGGCUGCAUCGGCCGAGGCUCCCAGUGGCCUCCGGCUGUCUGCAAGGUAGACCGAGAACCAUGUGUGUCGUAGGUAACUAGUAGGAAGACAGGCCGCUGCCGGCUCCCUGCAGUCCGUCACACGUCCGCGAGACGUGUCCUGACUUGAGUGCUAGCCAUGGUGAUAAGCGUAACGUGUGGGGAAUAAAUAGACAUCGUGAUCUC